GCUUCCAGGGGGCUGCGCUCCAUGUUAUAAACUCCAAGAGGGCUCGACCUCAUUGUCGCAACUUGGUCGCAGCAGCCAUGACGCGCAGCAGGUGCCUCCUCCCCCGCAGUAUUCAUAUGAGGCGGCGAACGAAGUGUUCGUCCCCCCAAACCUUACAGCCAAUUCAAUGCAGCCAGUACACCCAGAAUCGGCCGGACGGAGAUUCCUCAAGGCCUUCGGCAUAGCCAUCCUCAUAUGGUUCCUGCUGGGUGCGUUCACCAGCAGCCUAUAUGACGUUGCGCACCAGGGCCAUAGACAUGGGUCGUUUCCUUACGUGUACCAGGGCGGGCCGUCGGAGGGAGAUGGUCGAGCAGACUGCAGUUCGGGUGCCCAAUGGCAGUCGUCGGCGGCGGGGUGGUACGACUCUGCAUCGGUCAAUGCUACGGGCUCCUACCCCAGGUCGGUCGCAACCUCGCUGGAGCUCCCCUUGUCGUCCGACUUGCUCUACUUUGUCGCCCGCGGAGCGCAAAUGUCGGGCAAUCUGGACGUCUUGGACGACGGCAAGAACCGCGGCGUUGUCAAAGUGGACGUCGUAAUAUACUACCGUGAACAGAGCGCGCUCGACCGGACGUCUGUCUGCAAGCUGAAACGCGGAGACGGCGAAAAUGGCGUUGGAUUCUUCACGCCCACGAUUCCAGAACAUGGCUCAUGGCGAGACCAGAUCCGUUUUGACCUUACUGUCCAUUUGCCGGUCUUCCCGACGGACGGGGUCCUCCAUAUCCCGGCUUUCGACACGCAUCUCCCUAAUUUUUCAGAGCGGUUGGGCGAUCUGGGGAACACCGUCCUUUUUGAGUCCUUGUCGCUGCGAUCUACGAAUGCCCCGAUUUCCAGCAAGUCCGUUGCUGCUAAACGAGCAGACAUUCAGUCGAGCAACGGCCCGAUUCAAGGCAGUUUCAGGACGGACAGUCAUCUGAGCCUCGUCACCUCCAACGCGCGUAUCCAGGCUCAAGUGGAGCUCUACAACAACGGUGGCGCUGACACCACCGACCUGGUCCUAAUCACGACUAAUGGUGCCGUUGAAUCAGAGAUCAGCGCGUACUCGACCUCCGGCUCCGGCUCCGGUGGCUCUUUCAAAACCUCAGCCAAGACAAGCAAUAAUCGCAUCACACUGUCGCAUGUCGAGGCACCGGUGGACUCCGUGCUCGAUCUCACGGCGAGGACGACCAAUGGAGCUGCCACCGUGCACUUGCAUCCGACAUUCGAAGGCACGUUCGAGCUGAGCACGUCGAAUGCGCAGCCGUCGGUCGAGGUAAGUCGUGAUGAGGAUGACCCCAAGGGCCGCGGGCGACGGAGGCAGGUGUGGCAGACCACCCGGCGCCGGGGUACCCUGCAGGGGACCGUGUACUGGGAUGAAGCCAGGAAGGAUACAGGAUCCGUGAAGGUGACGAGCAGCAAUGCGCCCAUUCACGUCAUUCUAUGAUUUGGCCACAUGUUUGGUUUUGGAUUGUUACGCGGUCUGGAAUUACUGUGUACGCUCAGCGUGGUAUACAGCGUAAUAUUCUGUUGUACUAGUAUGCCUAACUGCGAAUUUGACAUGUACUUGGUUAAAGCAAAC